AGUGAAAAGGCGCAGGGUGUCGUCGGAGUGGCUCCUCUCGCCGGUAGACGAUCUGCGCCGGAUGCUCUCAUGCCUGCUGUGCUGUCUGACUCCGGGAGGAUGGACGGUGUGUCGUUAGGACACUGCCUCUCCUGUCUCACCAGUCUGGUGGCGGCGUCGGCCUCGCCGCGGCCGAACUGCGCCACGGAUUCAGAGGACGACGUGGCGAACGAAGGGAUUCACACCUUCAACCAGACACACAUGAGGAAGGCCUUCCAGCUCAUGAACGACCUGCGCAGUAAACAGAUGCUGUGUGACGUCCAGCUGGUGGCGGGCAGCGUGGAAGUGCCGGCCCACCGGGUGGUCCUGGCAGCCUGCAGCCCGUACUUCUGUGCCAUGUUCACAGGAGAUAUGAGCGAGAGCAAAGCGCAGCAGGUGGAGAUCAGAGAGGUCGAUGGUCAGACGCUGAGGAAGCUUGUGGAUUACAUUUACACCGCAGAGAUAGAGGUGACAGAGGACAACGUCCAGGUCCUCCUGCCAGCAGCCAGCCUCCUGCAGCUGAUGGACGUUCGUCAGGUCUGCUGCGAGUUCCUGCAGUCUCAGCUUCAUCCCACCAACUGCCUGGGAAUCAGAGCCUUCGCUGACCUGCACACCUGCACGCAGCUGCUCAGUCAGGCCCACGCUUACGCCGAGCAGCAUUUCUCUGAGGUGGUGCAGAGUGAGGAGUUCCUGGGUCUGUCUCUGCAGCAGGUGUCCAGCCUGAUAUCCAGCGACCGGCUCACCGUCUCCACUGAGGAAAAGGUGUUUGAAGCGAUGAUAUCUUGGAUCAAAUACGACAAACCGACUCGUCUGGAGUUUAUGCCCAAACUGAUGGAGCACGUCAGGCUGCCGCUGCUGUCCAGGGAUUACCUGGUCCAGAUCGUUGAGGAAGAAGCUCUGAUAAAAAACAACAACACCUGUAAGGACUUCCUGAUUGAAGCCAUGAAGUACCACCUGCUGCCGGCGGACCAGCGCCACCUCAUCAAGACGGACCGGACCCGACCCCGGACCCCCGUCAGCAUCCCCAAGGUGAUGAUCGUGGUGGGGGGGCAGGCCCCCAAGGCCAUCCGGAGCGUGGAGUGCUACGACUUCCAGGAGGACCGGUGGUACCAGGUGGCGGACCUCCCCUCCAGACGCUGCCGGGCCGGCGUCGUCUCCAUGGCGGGCCGGGUUUACGCCGUCGGCGGCUUCAACAGCUCGCUGAGGGAGCGGACUGUGGACGUUUACGACGGCGCCAGGGACCACUGGAGCGCGGCGGCGAGCAUGCAGGAGAGGCGCAGCACGCUGGGGGCGGCGGUGCUGGGCGAGCUGCUGUACGCCGUCGGAGGCUUCAACGGGAGCAUCGGUCUGUCCACCGUGGAGGUUUACAGCCCCAAGACCAACGAGUGGAGCUUCGUGGCGUCCAUGAACACCCGGCGCAGCAGCGUGGGCGUGGGCGUGGUCGACGGGAAGCUGUACGCAGUGGGCGGUUAUGACGGGGCGUCUCGUCAGUGCCUCAGCACAGUGGAAGAAUACGACCCGUCUGAUCAGUGGUGCUACGUGGCCGACAUGAGCACACGGAGAAGUGGAGCAGGUACGGGGUUUCUGGGCGGCCUGCUGUACGCCGCGGGCGGCCAUGACGGUCCUCUGGUGAGGAAGAGCGUUGAGGUGUUCGACUCCCAGAGCAACACGUGGCGCCUGGUCAGCGACAUGAACAUGUGUCGCAGGAACGCAGGCGUUUGUGCCAUAAACGGGCUGCUGUACGUGAUCGGCGGCGACGACGGGUCCUGCAACCUGUCGUCUGUGGAGUUUUAUAACCCGAUGACGGACAAAUGGAGCCUGAUUCCCACCAACAUGAGCAACGGACGCAGCUACGCCGGAGUGGCAGUGAUCGACAAGCCGCUAUGACCCGGGCAUAAACCCAGAACCAGAACUUUAUGGUCCACGAAGAGCCUCCAUGUUUGGUUCUGAUCCGCUUCCUUUGGGGUUCCAGUACAAACGGAUGUAAAUCCACCAAACCGAGCCGCCGGUUCUGUUGGCUUGAUGGUCGGACUCCAGGAGCGGGUUGCAAUAAUUGCAGUGGUGACACCUGGUGGUGACCAGCAGUAUUCCUCCUCGACCCAAACGGCCGAAACCAGAGCGCCGCAACAUGAAGAAUGUUAAAAUUAUAUGCAACAAAAACAGCAGAUUUGGUAUUUUUGCGAGUUUUUUUAAAGUUUGGGCUCAGUUUUGGUGUUUUGGUUCUGGACUAAACACUACUGAUGUUCUGCACUGAACGCUGCUGCUCAUUCUGAAGCUGCCAGCCGCACACAUCAGAUCAGAGACACUGGAGCUGAAAAUGAUGCACUGUAAAAAUGAGCUGGAAAGACAUCAUGACUUUAUUUAUUGACUCAUUUGCCACUGCGUUCAGGAACAGGAUCCUGAAACAGAACCAUGUUUACCGGAUCGGAUCUUAGUUUAUUCUAUAAAAGCACAUAAAGUUUAAAUGUAACCUUCCUGUUUUUAUACGUCACGUGAUUUUCAUUCAUCUGGUUGGAUUUAAUGUUCUGUUAUGU